AUGGCGUUGGCCGCCUCGCCAAAUCCAUUACAGCCACUUCACAGUAGAGCUGUCGAAGCUGGUAUUCUCGAAAAAUCGGCCAGUCUUCCAAUUGGUGUCGUACUAGGACUUUUAUUAUCAAUUUAUAUGGCGUUCGUUUACGGUGAUUUCAUCUACCGUUCAUACUUAACACUGAAUCGUGAUCUUAGUGGUCUAUUCUUAAUAUUGGACAUUAAAUUCGACUUAUGGAAAAAAUUACGGGAAAAUAGAGGAUUACACGACAUCUUUCUGGAAGUCGUUAAAAAGUACGUAUUGAUUGACAAUUUCAACUCUGCCUUUCAUCGUCAUCGUAGUGAUUUUGCAUACAAGCAAUAUUCUUUCCAGAAAUCGCGAUAA